CCAUGUAGUUUUUCUCUUCACCAUACGGUGUGCACAAACUUUUUGUACGGGUUUUCGUUGAUUACAUAACUUUCUCCCAUUGAAAUUUAUGUAUUUCCAUUACUUGAGAAGACUUUAAGAUGACUGUGCUUCAAAGAACCUUACUUUGCCUGAGAUGGGUGGGCAAACACGUGCCCCUACCAACGACGUUUGCGCCGUCGUCAGCAGCGACAGCAGCAACGGGUAGAUUUAGAAUAUCAACAUCAGUCAUUGCAGCAACUAGCAAAAUUGACUUUUCUUCGCACCAUGGAUUCCUUCCUUCAUGUUCAUACACAUCAAUCGUGAGAAGACAUUCUUCUUCAUCGACUUUUGUACAAGGAAUGAGACAUUUACAAAAACUCAAAGAAGAUCAAGAUGAAGACUUUUGCAGAGAGUCGUGGGCAAGCGGAAGAUUUUUAGUUCUGUACGACAUGAAACCUGUACUUAAACAAUUGGAAGAUGGGAAACAGUGGGGAAUAGCAUGGAGUAAUGUAAAUGAUCUUUGUGACAUUCUUCAAGAGGCUCACCAAAGCACAGUGGAAGAGUCGAUUGUCUUAAAUUGUAUUAGUUCUGACACCAGUGGCCCAGCCAAGUUUGCAUUCAACAUUCCUGCCAAGACUGAUCCAGAGCAUAAGAGGGAAAUUGAAGAAGCCUUGGGAGGCUUUGCAGUCAGUGAAAGAAAAGCGUUCUUUGUUGUAUCGAGGGAAGAUGCUCGGGUUUUAUCUCAGUGUUUCGCACUUCUUCAAUGGCAUUCCAAGAAUGGGUUUUGCUCCAACUGUGGCAGUAAGACGAACAAAGACCCCCCUGGUGCAAAGAGGGUGUGUCCAAAUUGUGAAGUCAUUCACUACCCAGCAGUGAGCCCAGUUGCUAUAGUACUAGUAACCAACGGAGAUAGAUGUCUCGUUGUACGACAGAAGAAGUUUCCACCGGCCAUGUAUAGCGCCAUCGCAGGAUUCUGUGAGCCAGGAGAGGCAUUGGAAGCAACCGUUAGACGAGAAAUUGCAGAGGAAGUCGGCCUGGAGGUUGAGGACGUUACUUUCUUCUCCUCUCAGCCAUGGGCCUUCCCAUCCAGUACACUGAUGUUAGGAUGCCACGCCCAUGUCAAGCAAGGAACGGCAGAUGAAGUAAAUCUUGAUGAGGCAGAACUUGAAGGAUCAAGAUGGCUCCAUCGAGAUGAAGUCAAAGCAAUUCUUAAAGAGAAUACUCCAGGGCGAGGUGAUGGAGUAUGGUUCCCUCCAUCCAGAGCUAUAGCACACCAUCUUCUAAAAAGUUGGGCAUCUCAACAAUAAAAAGGAUGUGUCUCAAAGGUUCCCCAUCGACCCAGUUUCAUAGAGCUGCUUAAAGGGACACGAUGCCUUGGAUUGGACAAGAUGAUUUAUGUAACGCAUUUUGAAACCGUUUGUUAUAAUAUGCAAUGGUUCAAAGAUGUUUUAAAAGUAGAAUUUAAGGAUCCACACAAAUAUGACCCCAACUUUUUAAAACAUGGAGGAGAAGGAUUUCAUGACAUAAUUUGCAACUGGUAUAAAGUUUUUUGUGAGUAUUUGGCAAUAAAUGUCAGGGAAAUUAAUAUUUUUAUUUAAAAAAUGUUAUCACAAGAUUAUAAAAGGACAAUUUAAAAGAACAUAAUAAAAAAAGUCAAUAAACAAGUUCUUGUUGGUAAAUUUGCAUUUUUUUUGCACCAUAUAC